AACCCGCUCGGGAGGAUCCCGACGCGGCUCCUUUAAGAGGAACUAAGUCAGGAAAUAUCUCGCCUCCUCUCAGAUCUCACUCGCGGGGUCUCGCAUCAAAGCAGGUCUGCGGUGAGUUGGGUGAUCGACGGGGACGAUGGGGACCUGGUUUUCAACGCUUGGCGCGCAUAUCUAAGGGCUUUGCAGUGCGGCGCGCGCAGGGGGAAUCCUCCUUAAUGAAGUCCCGCGUGACGCGCUGCGUGUUGAUUGACGAGCGGAGCGGCGGACCGGGGGCCACACACAUCUCUCCGGGGUUCUGGAGGGGCACGCUGUGGACAGACUGAGCUGUCGCCCGCGGUCGCUUUGUAUCGGAGCAGGCGAGGAGCCAUCGUUGUUUACUGCUCACUGCCUGGAGCUUGGCUGUCCCUUGGUCGGACUUAUGCUCUACGGUGGGGAGCUUGUGGAUCUCCUCAAACACAUCGGAUCGCUCCUCUGACGUCCGGACUUGGAUGUUUCUCUGAGCUCCAGCCCGGCCUUUAGGUGUGAUCGGAGUCGGAGGGUAUCGGCGCAGUGACGGCCGAUGGCGCAACGGUACGAAGAGCUGCCCCACUACGGGAUGGACGGGAUCCCCCCCACCAUGUACGGGGACCCGCACGCAGCCAGGGCCCUGCAGGCCGUGCACCUGGGCCACGGGCCCCAGUACCACCAGUACGCCGUCCCGCCCGGCGUGGGCUCCGGCGCCAACGACGCAGUAAACAGAGACAAAGACUCAAUUUACGGGCACCCUCUAUUCCCGCUGCUCGCGCUGAUCUUUGAGAAAUGCGAGCUGGCGACCUGCACGCCGAGGGAGAGCGGCGCGGCCGGCGGGGACGUCUGCUCCUCCGGCUCCUUCAACGAGGACAUUGCGGUGUUUUCCAAACAGAUUCGAUCAGAGAAGCCCUUGUUUUCUUCGAAUCCAGAGUUGGACAAUUUGAUGAUUCAGGCGAUCCAGGUUUUGCGGUUCCACCUCCUGGAGCUGGAGAAGGUUCACGAACUCUGUGACAACUUCUGUCACCGCUACAUCAGCUGUCUGAAGGGCAAGAUGCCCAUCGACCUGGUGAUCGACGACCGGGACGGGAACAAGUCGGACAGCGAGGACUUCCCCCGGCCCUCCGGAGCCCUGGACCAGAUGUCUUGGAGCCGGGACCAUGACGACACAGCCUCCGUCCGCUCAGCCGGCACCCCGGGUCCCUCCAGUGGGGGCCCCACCUCUCACAGUGGGGACAACAGCAGUGAGCAAGGCGACGGUCUGGACACCGGUGCGGCGUCGCCCAGUGGGGGGGAUGACGACGAGCUGGACCGCGACAAGAGGAACAACAAGAAGAGAGGGAUCUUCCCAAAGGUGGCCACCAACGUGAUGCGCGCCUGGCUCUUCCAGCAUCUGACUCACCCUUAUCCGUCGGAGGAGCAGAAGAAGCAGCUCGCACAAGACACAGGCCUGACCAUCUUGCAAGUCAACAACUGGUUCAUCAACGCCCGACGCAGGAUCGUUCAGCCCAUGAUCGACCAGUCCAACAGAGCAGUGAGCCAUGGCGGCCCCUAUACUCCAGAUGGUCAGCCAAUGGGAGGCUUCGUCAUGGACGGCCAGACACACAUGGGAAUCAGGCCACCUGGAACCCUAGGCGGCAUGGGCAUGGGCAUGGAGGGACAGUGGCACUACAUGUGAAGCCCUGGCUAGGGGCCCCUCUGGACUCAGGACUACACGCAAGGCCUGGCCUGGACAUCCUGUCAUCCCCUCCCCCUCAGAGCCCCUCUCUCCCGGCAGGCCGGUCCAGAGAGCAACCAGCCCCCCCCCAAUGGACACCCUGCCCUAGCCUUGCCUUGGCUCGCUGUCAGCAGAGCUGACAUCAAACGCCUCCUGAAACCAGGGUUCCCCCCAUGGCAUUUGAAGUGUGGGGGACCAUUGUUUUCCAAACACCUCCUGACCUCUCCCUCCGUCUCCUACGUGAAGACCCCUGGCCCACACUGAGGGAGGACGGCGAAAACCAAAACGUAAAGAGAAAGCACGUUGUAGAUGAGCAUGUAGAGAGGGUGCUGGAGA